GUUCCUUCUCGCUCCAGCUUCUGUGGGGUUUGCUAAUCUUCUGUCGUUAGCGGUCCCUGGUCGCUGUGCUUCAGCCUCCGUCCUGGUGUAAUCUGCGCUGGCAUGGGAGUCGUGGGAAGGACUCAGGGAAACCCAGGAAACCCAGAAAUGGACUCACUGGCCAUUGAGGAUGUGGUGGUGACCUUCACCGUGGAGGAGUGGGCCUUACUGGAUUCUUCACAGAAAAAACUCUACAAGGAUGUGAUGCGGAAAACCUUCAAGAACCUGGCCUCCGUAGGGAAAAAAUGGGACACUCAUGACAUUGAAGAACUGUAUAAAAACCAGGGAAGAAAACUAAGAAAUUAUAUGGUAGAGAAACUCUGUGAAAAUAAAGAGGGUAGUCAAAGUGGAGAAAACUUCACUCUUAUUUCAAAUAUGAAUCUGAACAAGAAAACCACUGGAGUGAAACCACAUGAAUGCAGCACAUGUGGAAAAGUCUUCAUGCAUCAUUCGUCCCUUAAUAAGCACAUCAGAUAUACUGGACACAAAUGUUACAGCUAUAAAAAAUAUGGGGAAAAGCUAUAUAAGUGUAAAGUGUGUGGGAGAGCCUUCAGUUAUCACCAAUGGGCUGAAAAACAUGAGAGAAAUCAUUAUAAAGAGAAAAAAUAUAAGUGUAAGGAAUGUGGGAAAACAUUUUGCGCUCAUGCAUCCCUUCAAACACAUAAAAGGAUUCACACAGGAGAGAAACCCUACAAAUGUAAGGAAUGUGGGAAAGCCUUCAUGUGGCAGACAGGAUUUCGGAGACACAUGAUAAUGCACGCUAGAGAUUCUCCAUAUAAAUGUAAGGAAUGUGGUAGAACCUUCAGUUGUUCCACUUCAUUGAGGACACAUGAAAGAACUCAUACUGGAGAGAGACCCUAUCAAUGUAAGGCGUGCGGAAAAGCCUUUAGAUCUUACAGUUCCUUACAAAUACAUGAAAGGACUCACACAGGAGAGAAACCUCAUAAAUGUAAGCAAUGUGGUAAAGCUUUCAAUUGUCCCAGUUCUUGCCGAAAGCAUGAAAGAGCUCAUACUGGAGAGAAACCUUACGAAUGUAAGGAAUGUGGGAGAACUUUUGGUGGUCUCUCAGGCAUUCGCGUACACAUGAUCACUCACACUGGGGAAGGACCUUAUAAAUGUAAGGAAUGUCAUAGAGCUUUUAUUUCUCCCAGUUCAUUUCGGAUACAUGAAAGGAUUCACACUGGGGAGAAACCCUAUAAAUGUAAAGAAUGUGGUAAAGCCUUUAGUUAUUACUCUUCUUUUCAAUUACAUGAAAGAACUCACACUGGAGAGAAACCAUAUGAAUGCAAGGACUGUGGGAGAAGCUUCCCUCGUUACCAAACCUUAAAACGGCACAUGGGAGUGCACACUGGAGAGAAACCCUACGAAUGUAAACAAUGUGGUAAAGCCUUCAGGUAUUAUCUUCCCUUCCAAAAGCAUGAAAGAAGUCAUUCUGAAGAGGAAACCUGUGCAUGUAAGCAAUGUGGUAAAACCUACAGAGAUUACAGUUCCUUAGAAACACAUAAAAGAACUCAUAAUGGAGAGAAACCCUAUGAAUGUAAACAAUGUGGUAAAGCCUUCAGAUGUUUAUCUUGGUUUGGGAAACAUGAAAGAACUCAUACUGAGGGGGGACCUAAUGAAUGCAAGGAAUGUGGGAAGGUCUUCUCUCGUAACCAAACCUUAAAAAUACACAUGAGGGUGCACACUGGAGAGAAACCCUACAAAUGCCAACAGUGUGGUAAAGCCUUCAGAUAUUCCUCUUCGUUCAGAAUUCAUAGAAGAAAGCGAAAGAAAUCUUUGGAAUGUAAGCAGUGUGGUAAAGCCUAUGAUUCCUUAAAAACACAAAAAACCUCAUGGGAAGCCCUAUUGAUACCAGAGAUUUGGAAGACCUUCAGGUGUUAUCAAAGUUUCUGA